AACCGCGGCUCGUGUUUUUCCUCGGAAACAAAUUUAUUUCAAGUUACUUUCGCACCCAUUUCCGCACCAUGACCGACGUGAUCGCGAGCCAGGCUUCGCCGGAACCGGAGGACGCCGGCGGCGACAACCCUUCCGCACCGACGCUGUCGGGCCCGAUCGUCGGCAUCAUCUACCCUCCGCCGGAGGUUCGAAAUAUCGUGGACAAGACGGCUAGUUUUGUGGCGCGGAACGGGCCCGAGUUUGAGAGCCGCAUCCGGCAGAACGAGUUGGGCAAUCCGAAGUUUAACUUUUUGAGCGCGGGGGAUCCGUACCAUGCGUACUACCAGCACAAGGUGCGGGAGAUUCGGGAGGGGCGGAACGACGUUAGUACGGCGGUGGUGCCGAGCGGGAUUCAGCAGCUGAAGAGUGCGGCCAGUGCGGCGGCCCAGCUGAAGCAGCAGGAGCUGUUGAAGGCGGUGCGGGAGGAGCAGUUUGUGCCGAAGGACGCGCCGGCGGAGUUUGAGUUUAUUGCGGAUCCGCCGUCGAUUUCGGCGCUCGAUUUGGACAUUGUGAAGCUGACGGCGCAGUUUGUGGCGCGGAACGGGCGGUUGUUUUUGACGAAUUUGAUGAACCGGGAGCAGCGGAACUAUCAGUUUGAUUUUUUGAGGCCGCAGCACUCGCUGUUUCAGUACUUUACCAAGUUGUUGGAGCAGUACACGAAGAUUCUGGUGCCGCCGAAGGAUCUGAUGAACAAGCUGAAGAUUGAGAGUACGUCGGGCAGGAGCAGCAUGAACGUGGUGCUGGAGCAGGUCAAGUACCGGGCGAAUUGGAACAAGCACCAGGAGAUGCAGCGGCGUCGCGAGGAGGAGAAGGUCGAGCGGGAGCGGGUCGCGUACGCCCAGAUUGAUUGGCACGACUUUGUCGUGGUUGAGGUGGUUGAUUAUCAGCCGUACGAGUCGGGUAAUUUCCCGCCGCCAACGACUCCGGACGAGGUUGGGGCGCGCGUUCUGAUGGAGGAACGGCUGAACGAGGAAGAUCACGACAUUGAGAUGCAGAUCGAGAGUGACGAUGAGGAAAGUGACGACGAUCGCCCGAGCGGAAACGUCAAGCUGUCCAAGAUGGAGAACCGUAUUGGGCAGGGCUCGCGACGGGACAACAACCAAGUUCAGGACAUGGACGAAUCGUCAUCGUCGAGCGAUGACGACGAAUCGGAGCGACCUGGCCGUGGCAAGGCGGUUCCGCCGGCUCCGUUGCCUCCGCCGAUCGCGCCGCCAACGCACGACAAGGUCAUCGUCAAGAAGUACGAUCCCAAGCAGGCCCAGAAGAUCCAGAAACCCCCAGCUCCAGUCGGGGACGAUUAUCUUAUUUCGCCCAUCACCGGCGAGAAGAUUCCGGCCUCGAAGGUGUCGGAGCAUAUGCGCAUCGGUCUGCUGGAUCCACGCUGGGUCGAGCAACGCGACAAACACAUCGAAAAGGUCGCCCAGGAGAACGUCUACGCGCCGGGUGCCGCCAUCGAGGCUAGCUUGAAGCAGCUCGCCGAACGUCGUACCGAUAUCUUCGGCGUUGGUGACGAAGAAGCCGCCAUCGGUAAGAAAUUGGGCGAGGAGGAAACCAAAAAGGACGAUCGCGUCACCUGGGACGGGCACACGUCCAGCGUGGAAGCGGCCACUCGUGCCGCACGCGCCAACAUCACGCUGGAAGCGCAGAUCCAUCAAAUCCACAAGAGCAAGGGACUCAUCACGGACGAAGAGAAGGAAAAGAUCGGCCCAAAACCCAUCCCCGGAACUGUGGCACUCGCCCCACCAAAACCACCCUCCCAACAAUCCCAACAACACCAACAAUCCUCCCAACAACACGCUCCACCACCCCCAAAACCCAUCCAACACCAGCAACCCCAACAGCACCACCAACAACCCCCCGUCCCGAUGAUGAUGCAAAUGGGCAUGGGAAUGGGCCCGCCCCCGAUGAUGCCACCCCCGUUCAACGUCGGCUUCGGCGUCCCCCCGAUGCCACCCCACCCAUCAAUGGCCCAAAACCCGAACCACCCGGACCAACAACAACAACCACCGUCCAACAUCGAUCUGGACGCCGAACCGCCGAACAAAAAGUCCCGCGAGGAUCACCUCAUCGAGGAGUCCGUCUUUAUGCAGCGCCACAAGGGCCCCGUCACGAUCCAGGUGCAGUGCCCCAACCUCACCGAGAAGAGCGAGUGGAAGCUCAGCGGACAGACCAUCUCGAUGCAGCUGCAGCUGACGGACAGCGUAACGGUGAUGAAGGGCAAACUGCAGGCGGAAACGGGCAUGCCACCGGCGAAGCAGAAGAUCUUCUACGAGGGCAUGUUCUUCAAGGACAGCAACACCGUUGCCUAUUACAACCUGCUGAGCGGAGCAACCGUGCAUCUGCAGCUGAAGGAACGUGGUGGCCGCAAGAAGUAAAAGGUAAAUCCCAUUUUCCAAACUUAUUUUCCUUCACAAUUCAAGCAAAAAAAUGUUUAGGUGUAUCGAAAGCAUUUUAUUACACAAUUCUAUCGUAUCAAAAAUAUAACAUGUCUAACAAUUAAUAAAAACACAACUAGCGGAGUAUAA